AUGGACUACUUUGACGACCUAGACCAAGACGCGAUGAAUGCUUUCAGUGAACUGAACGAUGACAUCGCGCCAUUUGACCAGACCUCCGCACCCAAACUAUCUCCCGAGUUGGAAGAUCUCCUUCUCUCAACCAAGCAACAACAGGCUUCUGCCCAGGAAUCAAAGAGCAAGUCAGGCAACAUGGACUACCUCUUCAAGAUGAGCGACCCCAUCACCCCUAGAAUCCUCGCCUCCGCCGCUGUCCGUCCCUCACAACCCCGAAUCAUUGAGGGAGAAGGCGAAGACGGCAUCGCGGAAUUCUGCCAAAUCAGCGAGCUUGAUAUUCCGAAGAUUAAAGAAUGGCUGGUCAAAACCUACCCCACCGUUCGCCCAGUCUUUGCGCCCAUCAACAAGGCGCGCAAGGCCCUUUCGCCCAUCUCCGCGUACCCAACUCUUGGAUACGAUACCACACUACCUCAUCAUCGUCCUAAAAGCAGCGCAUGCUUUGAAUAUCUGCCAAUACAAGACCAGUAUCCAGUGUGGUACUUCUUCUACGGAACGCUGGCAGAUAGUUCCUUUCUGGCCGAGCUGUUUGGCUCAUCUAGGGAAGCGCCAAUGCUGUUACCGGCUGUGAUAUAUGGCGGGAAGCUUAGGACCUGGGGUAGGAAGUACAAUGCGCUCAUUGAUAAUAGCCUGGGAUCGCGGGUCGAUGGAUGGGCGUACGAGGUCGUUUCGCAGGAGCAGGAAGAUGCCUUGUGCAUGUAUGAGACUGCCAAGUAUGAGGUGGUGAGGGUAGAUAUUGGGCUGCAUGGUGAUAGCGGAGGGCGUGUUGUGAAAGGGUGUACAUUUCGUUUUGCGGGAGAGGAGCAUGAGCUGGACUGA